AUGACUUUCACCGAAGAACAGCUCGCAACUAUAAGCAAUCAUCCCCUCGAUGAUAGCGUACGCUCUCACUUCCAUGGUGUUACAACUCAAGGAGAUGCAGCGGAGGAAGACCUCUCAAAGUUGUUAGGGGCGCUUGUCCUCUCACAAGCAGCCCUUGACCUUCGACCCUUCGACGGAAGAGGCAGUGUGGCAUCCAGACUCUUGCCAAUUCGACGGAAUAUUCAAGGAAUUCGUGCUGAAAUUUUGCAGCCUCUCGUUCAUGCUAUCACCACUAAUUCAUCAGAUGCCGAAAUAUGGGAAGCAGUCCUCGUUCUGAUUGAGGGCGCGAGCCCGUCAACGCCUCCACCUUCCAGUCUCGUCCCAACAUAUUUUGGAACGCCGGUAAAGGCCAGCUCCCGCCGGCUUGCAGAUAGCGAAACGUGCGAGGUUAUUGAGCAGGAGCUAUUCUUCGAGAUUCGCGACUGCACCCACCGUGGCGUACCAGGGUUCUUCGAUAGGCACUUCAACCCAGCCAGCUGGAAUAAAGAGCAAAGCGCAAUGCUGGAGCACCUGAGAAAACAUCACGAUGGCACCCGGUGGACCGACUUCCCGACUGAUCCAUGGGAGCUCCAGGUCUGGGACUGGCUGGUUGCGGUCGAGGAGGCUGCAUUACAAGGAGCGCAGUACAAACUGCACUCCACUAGAACCGCCAAGGAAUUCAAUGACCGCAAAGGCCAGAUGGACAUUUUCUUUCAGAAGCCGAGGAAGGGCAGACGUGAGUUAAAAUACAAGCACGUCCUUGUCGUUGGGGAGCACAAGCGAUCCGAGAAGUCGGCAGACUUCAAAUCAUGCCUCCUGCAGAUGUCGCGGCACGUGCGCGACGUGUUUGCUGACCAACCUAUGCGUCGCUUUGUUCACGCAUUCACCCUUCGUGGUACGAUUAUGGAAUGCUGGGUCUUCGACCGAUCUGGUCCUUAUAGCUCUGGUGAGUUCAACAUUCACAGGGAGCCUGACAAGCUAGCGCGCGCAUUUGUUGCGUAUGCCACGAUGGACGAUGCCGCAAUGGGCCUAGACACGUCAAUCAAGCUAAACGAGAGGCAUCACUAUGUGAUGGCCAAGGAUACCGGAGGACAGGAUAAGCAGGUGGAACUUAACACGUUGCUUGUUCGGCAACGGGCUAUAGUUUGUCGAGGUACGACGUGCUUUAGGACUCGCCAAGGGGUGGCGAAGUUCUCUUGGCGAUCGGUCAAGAGGCCAUCCGAGGUCAAGCAUCUCAUGCUGGCUGAGAAAAGAGGCGUUAAGGGAGUUGCAAGGGUCAUAGCACACAACGAAUUUACGACUAUUGCCGAUCUCCGCACCGGAUUAGAAUUCUCUUCUCGCACGCAACACAAAUUUCAAGUGGCUGCUCAGGAUCGGGCAGGCUCGACUUCAGGUGGAAGAAAAUCAAAUAGCAGCGGAUCGGACAGGAAGCGCAAGUCAGAAGACGAGGCAGGGGCCGCAGGGCGCUCUGCGAAGAAGCGCUCCAGCAGCCCGAAAUCGGUCAGUCAUCGAUCGAGCGACCAAAUAACAUCGAACUUGCACACGUUGAACCGCAGCGAACUUUACGAGAAUCGAAUAUUGUGCUGUCUAGUUAUCUCGCCACCAGGAAGAGUUGUAAGCGACUUCGAUUCUGUCCAAGAGCUGCUAGAGGCCCUCUGUGAUGCCAUUAGAGCUCAUAGGUCCUUGUACUUGAAGGGUGGAAUAUUGCAUCGCGAUAUUUCGUCUAACAAUAUCAUUAUCACGAAAGCAAAAGAUCCCGGUGACUUUAAGGGAAUGUUGAUUGACCUUGACUUGGCCAAAGAAAGAGAGACCGGGCCAAGUGGUGCCCGCCACCAGACUGGAACCAUGCAGUUCAUGGCGAUUGAAGUGCUGCGUGGGAUAGACCAUAGCUACCGUCAUGACUUGGAGUCAUUUUUUUAUGUACUCCUUUGGAUGUGUGCACGUUCUUCCUGGGCGAAGUUCGGUGGAAACGACGAAGUGAAACCCCGUGAAAGCGAAAGCGAUUUACGUAACUGGGAAGUGGGCAGUUUUAAGACGGUCGCGACGGCGAAAGAGGGUGAUGUGACUGUGAACGGCCUCGAGAGGAUCAUGGGAGAGUUUCCAAGCGUAUUUGAUGUUGUUAAGCCACUUUGCCUUAAGAUACGGAGAUUACUGUUUCCUUUAGACAUGGAUGAAAGGAUGAGCUUUGGGACACCUGCAGGAGAGCCAGAGCGGCUUUACGAUGCUAUAAUUAAAGCCUAUGAUGAGGCUAUUAUUGGUAUCAAGUCGGGUAGAAAAAAUUAA